AUGUCGAUUCUUGGUCAAAGUUUACCAAUCAAGGGUCGUUUGGUAGUACUUGGCUUACCAAGAACUAGUACAACAUUACUCUACAAUUUACUAGCCUUUGAUACGAAUUGUCGGACACCACUGUACACUCGAGAUCAAAUUACAAAACGAUAUUGUCAAUUAACUGAUCGAAUGGUCUAUUGUAUUAUGAAGUUUCAUGAAAGUCAAAAGCAAAAAGUUGAUUCAACACGAAAAGUUCUUUUCAAUAUGACUUAUGAUAAUUUGAUGAACAAUCCUAUUGAUGUUGUUCAUAGAAUAUACGAUUAUUUUGGUCUUGAUUGGUCGACGAAAUUUGAAACAGCAAUGCAAAAGUGGCUUACAGAAAAUCCUCAAGGAAAACAAGGCCAUCAUUCAUAUUUCCAAACAGAUUUUGCUUUAACAUGUGAAGAGAUUGAAACACGUUAUGCUGAUUACACGAAACUUUUUCUCUCUCAAUGA